UGCUCUAUCUACACUCUAUAAGCAUUUUAACUUAAUUUGCAAGUGGAAAAUGUAGUCUCCUUUGCAGACGUUAUUAGUAUCGGUCACAAAUUCCCUCUCCACUAACGUCUGCUCAAUGGAGCGAUGCAUUCCAUUCCCUAUUUUAAACCAAUCACAGCUAACCUACUAUAAUCGAGGAGCUUGAAGAUGAUUGGCUGAAAUCUUACGCGCUGGCUUAAACAAAAUGGCGGCGUCGUUCGAUGAAGCGGCUAGAAAUACUUGCCUUAAACACAAUUUGAAGCGUUAACUUCUUAUCAACGAGAAGCUUUGGUGGAAUUUGUGUUAAACAAGAGGGAUGUAUUUGUUAAUCUCCCCACAGGAAGUGGAAAAUCAAUGAUAUAUCUUGCUCUACCGUUGCUUUUCGAUAGCAUGUUUCAUGAGGUUACUGGUCAUAUAGUCGUAGUUAUUUCUCCUCUCAUCAGUCUAAUGAGGGAUCAAGUUAGUAGUCUUCGAGAACUUGGUAUAUCAGCAGUAAGUCUGAGUGACAUUGAAGAUUCCGAGRUCAAGGACAUUGAGAAUGGAAAUUUUUCAGUUGUAUUCGGUAGUCCUGAAGCUUGGUUGAAGUGCGAACGAUGGAGAAAGCUAUUGAACAGCAAAGUUUACAAUAACAAGCWAUGUGGUAUCGCUGUGGAUGAAGCUCAUGUCAUAAAACAAUGGGGAACCUCCAGUAGUACUCGAUAUGCUGCAUUCCGGGAAACAUAUUCAAUGCUUCACGAACUGAGAGCUUUAGCUUCAGUAAAUAUGAUUGCACUAACUGCAACAUCCACAAAAUCAACCAGCAGGGAGACAAUUAUUGAAAGCUUGCAAAUGAAGAAUCCCUACAUCAUCUAUGAAGCACCAAGUAAACCAAAUAUUUCUUAUUCUGUGUGCUAUAUGGCAAAAGAAGGAACUGUUAGUGAAUAUUUCCAGUGGUUGGCAGAUGAACUAAWAGAGUUUGGUACAAAGACUACAUGCACAAUUAUUUAUUGUCAAACAAUAAUUCAAUGCUCUUUGAUAUAUUCAACUAUUAAGGGAAUACUAGAAAGUAAGUUGUUUACUGGAGAAGSAAAUGACAGAAGGCAUGUGCUGUUGGAAAUGUUACAUUCAUGCUCACCAGAAUCCAACAAAAAUUUGAUACUCAAGGCAUUUCAAGACAAAGAUUUUGAUCUACGUGUCCUGGUGGCAACGAUAGCAUUGGGGAUGGGAAUCAAUUUUUAAGGGGUUUACAGUACAAUACAUUUUGGACCAUCCAAAAAUGUUGAAUCAUACAUUCAAGAAAGUGGGCGAGCAGGAAGAGACGGACUGCAGAGUUCCUCAUUUAUACUAUAUCAAGGAUUAAUGCUUAAUCAUGUCAGCAAAGAUAUUAAAGAAUACCUUAAGACUGAUUGCUGCAGAAGGAAACAUUUGAUUGAAAAUUUUGACUUGGCUUCUGAAGUAGACUAUCCCAGUCCCAUACACUUGUGUUGUGACAUCUGUGCAAAGAGUUGUUCAUGUGAGAGUCCAGAUUGUAACUUUCCCUUAYGAUCYUUUGAAGAGAACCUCAAACACAACAAGUGACAGUGAAAGAUCAAGGAUAAUACUUGAUGAAGAAAAAGACAUGGUUCUGACUUCACUUUAUUCCUAUCAAAAUCAUUGAGGCGAGUUCUAGUACAGAUGUCUACUUGCAAUAUUAAGAACAGAAAUAUGAAAUUUCUCCUUUGCUUUUCUGAGUUGCAAAUUGAUCAAGUUAUGAAGAAUUGUCAUAAACUGUUUAYAAUUGAUGAUGUGAUGCAGUAUGUUGAAAUAUGGGACAUCAAGCAUUCCUAUAAUAUAUUGAGAAUUAUGAGUCAAACCUUUGGAGAUAUUUCUGAUGAAUUUUUACAUUUUGAUAGUGAAGAAGAACAAGAAGAAUCUUGUCUUAACGACGAUGAUUUUGGUGAGUGGAAGUGCUUAUUAGAAGAUGAUGAGUUGUUUGAAUUAGCACUGGUGAACGUAUCUGCUUCUCUUCUGGAUAUUUCCAUGGAUGAGACAUUAAAUAAUUCAAAUAAUGUUGACCUACCCAGUUCUGCUUUGGGUGCAUUAGAAUGUAUGACCUUAUAAACAUUUUUUGUA